AUGGCGACUUGUCAUCAUCAUAAGUUCUCGCUCCAUAAUGAAUAUUGCUACAUCAAGAUUGCCAUAUUUUCCGAAGAUGAGGUUACGCCAGUUACAGACGUAAAGCAGCUGAAAUUUGCCAUUGACAACACGCUCAAGACGGUGUUUGGUGUAGUCGGAGCUUCAAGUUGUGAUUUUGAUAUUUUAGCCUAUAAUAAAAUGGCUUUAAAUAGUAUUGAGCCUAGUAUUGCACUGUUACGAGUCCAACGUGGUGGACUGAAAACUCUAUGGGGUGCGAUGACCAUGUGUACAAGUAUCAAUGGAAAAUUAUGCAAGUUACAAGUCUUACACAUGGGCGACUCACUUAUGGAAAUGGCUUCUGGUAGAUUUCUGUAG